AUGCUUGACUACUGCAUUGGGGCAGCAUUAUGGAAAGGAAUCAAAUCAUCAGGAAAGGUGGUUUAUUUCACUGCGACAUUCCCAUACAUGGUUCUGACCAUACUCCUGAUCCGGGGGCUUACCCUGGAGGGAGCCUCUAAAGGAAUCACAUUCUACAUCGGAAGCCAAUCAGACUUCUCCAAACUGGCUGAUGCUGAGGUUUGGAAAGAUGCUGCAACACAAAGUUUAUACUCUAUCUCAGUGGGUUGGGACAGUUUAAUAACACUGUCAUCCUACAACAAAUUCCACAACAACUGCUACAGAGAUACCAUUAUUGUCUGUGUAGUUAAUUGUGCUACGAGUGUGUUUGCUGGAUUUUCCAUCUUCUCCAUCCUUGGGCACAUGGCUCACAUACAAGACAAACCUGUUUCAGAGGUUGCACAGUCAGGUUUUGGUUUGAUUUUCAUUGCCUACCCGGAAGCCCUUGCACAGUUGCCAUGGGCGCCGUUGUGGUCCAUUUUAUUUUUCUUCAUGGUGAUCACUCUGGGAGUUGACACGCAGUUUUGUAAGUUUAGAAACAAUCAUCACCAUCCUGCUGGACCAGUUCCCCACAUUUCUCCGGUCAAAACGCCAUUAUCUGAUAACUGGCAUUUGCUUGUUAUUUUAUCUCUUUGGCCUUCUGCAUGUAACACAGGCUGGGAUUUACUGGUUAAGUUUAUUGGAUUAUUUCUGCGUGGGAUCGAUUCUGACUAUAGUCGCUCUACUGGAAGUCAGUGCUUUAAGCCGGAUCUAUGGUCAUAUUAACAUGGUCAUUAGCCACAUUCACUUCGCAAACAUAUGGAUUUGCUGAGUACCCGGUCUGGGCAACAACACUUGGCUGGUGUGUGACCAUCUCCUGUAUUAUGUGGGUGCCUAUUGUUGGGAUUGUGAGAGUUUCCCAGUCUGAGGGAUCCACCUUGUGCCAGAAAAUUUCUGCCGCUUGCUCAUCAGCCCCUGACUGGGGUCCGUACUUGGAACGACACAGAGGGGAGAGAUACGGAAAAAGGUCGGAUUUGACAGAGGGCCCGAUCUCUUUGCAACUUUCGCCCACUCCUGAUAUAUGAAAAUUUCAGAAAAAUGUCUGGCUCAGUUUAUAACGAAUGACCAUGAAAACAUCCCAGUUGUUCUUGUGUACUCUCACCGUGACAUCGUGACAGUUCUCCAGAACUGUCUAAACGGAGCUGGCUUGAGCGGCUGAAUGGCCUAGUCCUGUUCCUAUUGAUAUGGGCCAGACCAGACUCUCUUAAAAUAUUUUUAGAAGGUAGCUUAGACCCUAACUUUCUCUUAUUUUAAAAUGCAGAUGUGAAGUGUGUUCCAAAUAUGAGGUGACUGGUCAAACUACUCAACUUUAAGCAGCAUACAAAUUUAUUUAAAUACUGUAGUUAAAAUACAAAACAAAAAAAAAGGAAUUUAAAAUAACCAUUGGAAAACUUAAUCAAAUAAUAGAUACAGUACCUAUUACUAUAUUGAAACAGUUAAUUAGUAACAUUCCAUGAACAUGCUCCUUGGCAAAUUUAGACACGCAUUCUUACAUCCAGUUCUCCAAUUCAGGAGCAAAUAAUAUUCAAGAGAGAUUUCAGAGAAAGUAGCAGCUAGGAACUGUUUAUUGAAACUUCCAAUUCUUCUGGUUAAACAGCUUCUGACUGCUACAGCUAGGAAAAACUAGAAAGCCUGGUCUGGGAGAGCUAGCCACUACCCUUCCAUUGUUAGUGAUAAUGGGAACUGCAGAUGCUGGAGAAUCCAAGAUAAUAAAAUGUGAGGCUGGAUGAACACAGCAGGCCCAGCAGCAUCCCAGGAGCACCCUUCCAUUGUUACAACUGUUUUGAAAACCUAAAAUUCUUUUUUAAACCUAGGUAAAAUCUAAGUUAUUUACUUAAGCCAUUUUCAGUCACCAGUUCAACAUCUCUGCCAUUACAAACUCUUUCCAAAAAAUCCCAGGACUAAAUGAUCUUUUAAUGUGACAGCAAUGCAAAACUAUUUCUUCUGGUCUUAUCUGCCAUGUAUUUGCCCACUCACCCAACUUCUCAAAAAUUAGCUUGUAGCCUACUUACAUUUUCCUCACAACUCACAAUCCCAUCCAGCUUUAUGUUACCAGUAAACUUGCAAAUAUUACAUUUGCUUCAUCCAAACACUUUUAGGACUUGAAAAUCACAUGACACUGUUUAACCUCACUUGACAAAGCAAUGCACCAUGAGGUAAUGAACAAGAGGCCAGAGUCUCUUGUAGAAUUUAUUUCUUUUUUAUCAUGGUGAGAACAAGCAAACAUCAAAGCGAAGUGAGGCAAAUUAACAUCCUCUCAGCCCAGUAAUUCUUCAAGCUACCGAGAACAUAGAGGACACGAGCUUUGUUUUAAUCAGUUUCAAAGUGAAAGAACUUAGUUUUGGUGGCUGAGCUUAAUCUUUUGACUACAGAAAUUUAUGUUUUUAUUUAAGUUUGUA